AUGGCCGCUCUUCCCUCCACUUAUCAGGACCCCGUCCGCAUCGCCGUCAUUGGCGGAACUGGUCUUCGUGAGCUCCCUGGCUUCUCCCAGGUCGCCUCGUUGGACAUUACGACUCCCUGGGGCAAGCCCUCCUCCCCCAUUACGAUCCUGCACCACCAGUGCUCGCACAACAACCAGACCGUCGCCGUUGCCUUCCUGAGUCGCCAUGGCACGCACCACCAGAUCGCGCCCCACGAGGUGCCCGCCCGUGCCAACAUCGCCGCCCUCCGCUCCAUUGGAGUCCGCACCAUUGUUGCUUUCUCGGCCGUCGGCAGUCUGCAGGAGCAGAUCAAGCCCCGUGAUUUCGUGAUCCCCGACCAGGUCAUCGACCGCACCAAGGGCAUCCGCCCCUUCACUUUCUUCGAGGGAGGCGCUGUUGCUCACGUUCCCUUCGGGGACCCGUUCGACGAGGGUGUCGCGAAGAUUGUCCGGGCCUGCGGUCACACUCUGGAGGGUGAGGGAGUCGUUCUUCAUGACCGGGGCACCCUGAUCUGUAUGGAGGGACCCCAAUUCUCUACUCGCGCCGAGAGCAAGCUCUACCGUUCGUGGGGUGGCAGCGUGAUCAACAUGUCCUGCCUUCCCGAGUCGAAGCUGGCCCGCGAGGCCGAAAUCGCCUACCAGAUGAUCUGCAUGUCCACCGACUACGACUGCUGGCAUGAGUCCACCGCCGACGUCACCGUCGAGAUGGUGAUGGGCAACAUGAAGGCCAACGCUGAGAACGCCAAGCGUUUCGUGACCGCCGUCUUGGACGAACUGUCUGCGGAGAAGCACUCCGAGCUCGUCCAGGCCAAGCACGUCGAGGGAUCCAUCAAGUUCGGCGUCAGCACUUCUCUGCCUCACUGGAACCCUGAGGUCAAGGAGAAGCUGAACUGGUUGUACCCUGGCUACUUUGAAUAG